AAUAAAAAAAUCUCAUUAUUUCAUUCUAUUAACUAGGGUAGAACGACAUAGUAGCGAAGCGAGCCUCCAAGGGUUUCAUUAGGUGUGAGAUUAUCUUGGUUUUCUUGGUAAUAAUUUCUCACUAACCACCAUCGUUUUACACCACAAUCGCUCAUCUCCGAACCCUAAAACGGUAGCGUUUUCGCCGUAUAAAUCCCUUUACCACAGAGUGUUCCUCUAGCUGCGGAGGUUCACUGGCCACACACCAUGGCUCUAUCACUCGGGAAGAUCACCAUUAUCCUUGGUGCAGGUUUUGUUGGUUCAGUACUGGCUAAAGAAGGUCGAUUGCCGGAUGUAUCUGGUCUCGUAUCUGGUGCUUUCAAGGUUGUUUUAAGGCAACUUCAAAGCACUGGUCCUACACCAACAGCUAAAAAUCCACAUAAUGAUGCUUUGCUUGAUCAGGUUAAUAGACUUCGGCAGGAACUACAACAGCUAGUACCAGAUAGAUCAAUCGUUAUUGUAAAUGGAAGUGGAACAGGAAGAAAGUAUGUAACAGUGGUCAUUAUUGGGGUAGGAUGUGGAUGCCUUUGGUGGAAGGGAUGGAUUCCUAAUAUGAUGUUUGCAACAAGGCGCAGUUUAAAUGAUGCCUGUACAGGCAUAGGUAAUCAGCUAGGGAAAGUUUAUGAAUCAAUUGAGCAAGCCAAGAAGAAUAUAUCUGCAAAAAUUAAUGGCGUGGAAAAGAUAGUGGAUGAAUCUGCAGUCAUUGUAGAAGUUAUCGAAGAUGAUAUCAAUAAAAUACGAAAUGAAACAGAAAAAAUAAAUGGAGAUAUGAACGGUGUUGAUACUUUUAUCCGAGUUAUUGAAUCUAAAAUCAGUGAAAUAGAAGGGAAUCAGAUUGCGACAAAUAAAAAAAUCGAGGGAAUAUGUCGAAUUACUGAUAGUUUGCAGAAUGGCACUACACCGGCAUAUAUUCAGGCACCCUUAUCCAAGCCAACCCUUGAGCUACCACCAGUUUCACCAUCUUCCAGCGCUCUGCAGUCAGGUCCUUCCAGGCUAUAUCUUGAGCAGCCUUCUAUUACACCAGUAAUAUCAAGGACUGGGUCCGAGCCUCCAAUUAGGUCAGCUGAUCCACCAUCUCCAUCAAAUACUAUUGUAUCUGACGAGGAAAGCAGUAAUAUAUCGGAGCAGAGAAAUUUCUCUAGUAAUGAUGUGAAUUCUAUGAAAACUCCUCCCAUAGAAAACAAGAUCAGUGGAUCUAGUGCUGGUGGUUUUUUUGGGAUAAGCUUGUCAAGCGUCUAUGCUCCAUUGCUGAGAACUCGCAGUGCGACCAACUCAGUAAUACAGCAAACUCGCCCAACUAGUUGAUGACAGUACCAGACCUAUUUUUUUGGUUUCCAGUAUAUUAUAAAUGAAUAGAUAUUUUUGGGGAUGGUGUUCACUGAUAAGCGGUGGCUAUUCCGAGGUUGUAUGCACCAUCACAUACAAGUAUGUUGUGUAAAAGCCAGUCUUAGUCUUAUUCGAGAAACGACUGAGCAGUGAAUUUUGCAGAUUA